AUGGCCGAAACUGCUGCUCAGCCUCAAGUCAAUGGGGCCGUUCCCAAUGGCGAUGCCGGCGCCCAGAUUGCGCGCGGCGCCAAUGACCGCUUCGAGCUCAUCUCCGGUCCUCUGAUCAACCUGAAGAACAUGCACCUCGAAACCUCCCCCGUGUGGCACGGCAGUGUGUUGAUUGUCACGAAGCCAACCCAGGAGCAGCCCCAGCUGCUGCUGCGCCAGCUGGGCCCCGUCACAUCCGAGGCGCAGAGCUCCGGCACCGCAACUCUCGCCAGCCAGACGGUCGAAGGCCUCAAACUCUACGAAGAUCUCGAGAAAGCGUUCUGGCGAUUUACCCUGGCGGUGCCUGUGGAGUCCUACGAAGCUCGCUGGGAGUACGACAUCCCCGGUCUGCACGAGCCUGGUCAAGGGGUCAAGGCACCCUGGGAUUUUGUGGUCCCUGCGGAAGACCAGUCGAUGCGCAUCAUGUUUCACUCAUGCAAUGGGUUCUCCGUGGGCACUGAUAUGGACGCCUGGGUGGGACCGAACCUGUGGAAUGACGUGCUGCGCGUCCACGGCGAGAAGCCCUUCCAUGUGAUGGUCGGAGGUGGUGACCAGAUCUACAACGACGGCAUCCGUGUGGAUGGUCCACUGAAGCCGUGGACGGCUAUUGGGAACCCGCAUAAGCGACGCAACCACGACUUCAAUAACCAGAUGCGCGCUGAAUGCGAUGAAUACUACUACGCCAAUUAUGUGAGGUGGUAUAACACGGAGCCCUUCCGGGCUUCCAAUGCUCGCAUUCCGCAGGUCAACAUUUGGGAUGACCACGACAUCAUUGAUGGCUUUGGUUCCUACACCGAUCAUUUCAUGAAGUGUGCUGUCUUCCGCGGCAUUGGUGGUGUUGCGUUCAAGUACUACUGCCUGUUCCAACACCAUAUUGCGCCGCCCAAGUCGACCUUUACCACCGAUUCUCCGCAGACUAUGCACGCGGUCAAUGGAACCGCCGGCGAGGAUUCUCGGCAGUUGGAGAACACCUUCGUUUUGGACAACCAGGUGGAGGAUGACAGCUGGAUUAUGGGCAAGCGACCUGGCCCCUACGUCGAGGAGCGCAGCCGAAGUCUGUACAUGCGUUUUGGUAAGCGGAUUGCCUUUGUGGGCUUGGAUGCUCGCACAGAGCGCACCCGCCACCAGGUCAACUAUCCGGACACAUACGAUGCUAUUUUCUCUCGACUGGAAAGCGAGAUCACCGCCGCCGAUGGCGACAUCAAACAUUUGGUGGUUUUGCUAGGCGUUCCGAUCGCCUACCCGCGUCUGGCGUGGCUGGAGAACAUUAUUACCUCUCCCGUCAUUGCCCCGAUCCGUCUUCUGAACAAGCGCUUUGGUGUGGCCGGUGGGCUGUUCAACGAGUUUGACGGCCAGGUGGAUCUGUUGGAUGACUUGGAUGACCACUACACCGCCCGCCAGCACAAGCGCGAGCGCAAGAUCCUCAUCCAGCGCCUGCAGGAACUGGGUCGCGCCCAUUCCGUUCGUGUGACCAUCCUUGGUGGUGAUGUGCAUCUUGCGGCGGUGGGACGCUUCUACUCCAACCCCAAGCUCAAAGUGGCCGGUGAGAACGACCACCGCUUCAUUGUCAAUGUUGUUAGCAGCGCCAUCACCAACAAGCCGCCCCCCAAGGCCGUUGCCAAUCUGCUGGCGCGGCGAAACAAGAUUCACCACCUGGACCGCAACACGGACGAGACGCUCAUGCCAUUCUUUGACAAGCAGCCUGGUGGCAUUGAGAAGGGAGCCGGGUGGAACAAGGUGACUAUGCCGUCGCGCAACUACGCAUGCUUGACCGAGGUGGUUCCUCCGGCGACGAACGGCACCGGCCCAGAGACUGCCAAGCUCGAGCGUCUGCCCAAGGACGGCCAUGCGCCACUCCACAAGGGCGAAGUGGAAGCCGGCACACAGCAUCGCGCAGCAGAUGGUAUUAGCAGCGAGAGUGGCAUGCACGGCGGCUUAGAUGUUGCUAUUCGCGUGGAGAUCGAUCCGCAGGACCGAGGCGCCCCCACCGAGGGCUAUGGAUUCAGCAUUCCUCCCCUGAUUGCCACGGAACCGCCGCUGUCUUCUCGACUGAGUCUUCACUCGCGCAAGUCGCACCAGGGCCGCCCGUCCACGGCGCACUAA